AUGGGCUUCGAGAAAACGCUUCGCUCCAUCGCUGCCGUCGUCCGACCUGAUCGCCAGACGCUCGUAUUGGCAAACUCUGCAUCGAGGGAGGUUGGAAACCUUGCCAAUUUCUUGCUCAGAGACCACGUCAUGGUUACCAUCGGAUACAGCAAGCUGGCAGAGAACGAGAGGGUCGAGCAGACAGUUAUCGUAUGUGAGAAACCUCGCAAACUGGAUCGGCUCGUCACCUUGUUUGAGGACAUUCUCAAAAAGAAGGAUGACAAGGUCAUCGUCUUCGUCGAGACUAGGUCGAACGUGGACAAGACCGUGUUUGAACUACAGCUGCGGGGCUGGUCUGUCGCCGGCAUCCACGGCGCGAAGACGAGGGACGAGCGACGGCGGGCGAUGGACGCGUUCAAGUCGGGUCUGUCGAGCAUUCUCGUGGUGACCGACGUUGCAGCUCAGCAGGUGGACGUCGGCUGCGUGCGCUACGUCGUCCAUUACGACCGCCCGGCGAACGCGGACGUCUACGUGAACCGCGUGAACUGCGCGUCGCACUGCGACGGAUCGGGAGUGGCGUACGCCUUUCUCGCUCCCGACGAUGCCCGUCACGCGAAAGAGCUCGUCUUUUACCUGCGAGACGCCGGCCAGGAGGUUGAUCCUCACCUAGUCCAAAUCGCCGAGAGGGAAUCGCAUUUUGAGAGGCGCAAAGCAGGACGCUUGUCCCAUUGA